CGCUGGUGCCAACAUCGAACGGUGCAGCUGGUGGCUCGGGAAUCGUGAUACUCAGAUAUCUGUCGCCGCCGCCAGCACCGUUUCGUACCGUCAACGGGAGGAUGUUGGUCCAAGACCAAGACGGCUGGCUCCUGAUGGCGGCGUACAAUCACCAGGCGGGCACCAACCCAGAUUUGGUGGAGGGCACGACUCCGUCGUCGGCGACGGAGGGGUUCUCUCACAUCUGGCCCGGCACGCACCUCGGACUGACCGCCUCGGACAUCGCCGAGGUUCGGUUCUAUUGCCACACCAGCAAUCACAACCGCGUGAUGCACUUCUCGGUGAACAACGACUGGAUCAAGACGGCCAUCUUGACCGGAAGCGUUUCGGGUAACUCUGUAUCGUACUGGACGUCGGGCACCACGAAGCUCGCUGGGCACACGGCGAAGCUCCCGGAUUCCACAACUCAUGUCCAAUCCAGUUCUGGUUUUGGCUUGUUGGAUGUUCCAUUCUACGAAUGGGGUGCUGGUCAUUGGAGGUUGCGGGAUAAUACCGGAGGGCAAAACUGGGAAUGCGACGAUUAUUCCGCUGGGACCACCUCGCAUCAGGUCUGGAUCAAGCUGGCGGAGUAGGCCUAUGCCGCACCGCUCUGUAGCCAUUUGUAAUUUAUAAACGCCCGUCCGCGG